UCGCGCAACUGGAGGGGAGGGGGAGACGCAUUCUCACGGAGUACACACACGCAUUGGCUACAUCUACUGUAGACAAAUUCGUGUUUCACUGAUGUGUCUGUGUAUCCGCUGUAUAUCUGUUAAAACCAUUUCAUCAUAUGGCUGAGUUAUGUUUAGUAGAGAAAUGACAUACAGUUUCUUACACGGUAUUUUUUUCACGUAAUUUUGUCUUAUUACCCCCCUGUUUGUUAUUUCGAGGCCGUUAUUUUGUCGUCCACCCCCUCUCUCUUUUUCUCUCCAUCUCAUUUUCCUCUCUUUGGGAGUGCGACGGUCUUCGAAUAAGCUUCUGAAAUAAUAAACCGGCAGCAGCCCAACUAGCAUGUCCUCCUCAGUGACUGCUUCCUGAGAAUCAAGAGGACCAGAGCGAGAGCGUCCAAUCACAAUCAGGCCUCCACCAGCACAUCUGUCCAGUGAGAGAGAGAGAGAGAUAGAGGCCAGAGAGAGAGAGAGAAACGAGUGCAGGAAGGAGAGGGGGAGAGAGUGAGAACAGUCGAUGGAUGCAGUCUGGAUUGAGGCGCAUUCUUCAUUAACGAGGAAAAGAAAGAUUUCUAAAUGGAGUCGAAGGAUAGAAACUCGGCGGCAGGGAUGGUUUGUGAGAAGGGGAUCCAGAUCCUCCUCACCACCGUGGGUGCCUUUGCAGCCUUCUGCCUGAUGACGGUUUCUAUAGGGACGGACUACUGGCUGUACUCCCGCGCCUCCAUCUGCAACAGCACCCGCAACCACUCGGACGACCCCCACAACAAGGACAAGAAGGACCCCGGAGCCCUCACCCACUCUGGCCUCUGGAGGAUCUGCUGCCUGGAAGGGGUGAAAAGGGGAGUGUGUUCUCAGAUCAACCACUUCCCUGAGGAUGCUGACUUUGACCAUGAUGGGCCAGAGUAUGUUCUACGUAUGGUCAGGGCUUCCAACAUCUUCCCUAUCCUCAGUGCUAUCCUGCUGUUGAUGGGAGGGGUGUGUAUCGGUCUCAGUCGCUUCUAUAAGCACAAGAGGAACAUCGUCCUGGGAGCAGGCAUUCUCUUUGUGGCUGCAGGUCUGAGCAACAUCAUCGGUGUGAUCGUGUACAUCUCUGCAGCGCUGGGAGACAUCUCCCCUAAGAAGGACGAGGACAAGAAGUGGCAGUACAGCUACGGCUGGUCCUUCUACUUCGGAGGCCUGUCCUUCAUCAUGGCUGAGAUGGUGGGCGUUCUGGCCGUCAACAUCUACAUCGAAAAGAACAAGGAGCUUCGCUGCCGCUCGCGCACUGACAUCUUCAAGGGGACCACGCACGCCAUGCUCCGCCUACCCAGCUACCGCUUCCGCCGUCGCUCCCGCUCCUCAUCCCGCUCUACUGACCCCUCACGCUCCCGAGACCCCUCGCCGGUGGGGGAGGCGGGGGAAGAACUUUGGCCUGCCCCCUCGGCCAUGCUCUCCCAGGGGCCCAUGUCUGUGGCCACGCUGCCCAACCCUCACUCUCGCUCCCACACCACCCUGGCGGGGGGCGACAUCUCCCUCUACACUCUGUCCCGCGACCCCAAGCUGGCUGGCCUGCCCCCCAUGUACGGCACCGUGGACCGUGCCACCCUCUACCAGCUCCACAACUGCUUCCCCAAGGACGGGGGAGGAGGGGGAGGAGGGGGUGUGAUGAUGAGCGGCACACUGCCCUCUCUGAAGUCCCACAACCCCUCGCUGUCCCAGAAUUCCUCCAACUCCAAUGCACCUAUGGGCAACUCGGUGGGCUCGGGGCCCCCACCCUUCUCCUCGUCCACGGUGGAGAGAGAACGAGGGAUGGGAACGCUGGACAGGCUAAAGGGAGAUAGAGAGAGCAACUCCAAUACGCUCAACAGGAAGACAACACCAGUGUAGA